AUGUCAACGGUGUCCGCCGGCGGCCGCCGCGGUCCGCCAAAGGACUUCCGUGCGGCACCUCGAGGUGAUUUGAGGUUAAUGAAACCCCGUGGGCGAGGAUAUUCUCAGUCAGACGUCGGUGAACCUUUUAUUCCACGAUUUUCUGCUAUAGCUAGCGAAGGAGUCAAAAUAGGAUUACCUCCUGAGGAGUAUGGAGAGAACACCACAGUCUUGACGGGUGUGACUAGUGAACAUUCGUACAAUGGAGAUGAUCGGCCUGUUUAUGAGCCUCCCAUGGGAAGAGUGAUGAGUAGACGGUGCUCCAGGGUGCUAUGGCUUGGUGCCGCUGGCUUGAUUUCUCUAGUAGCUCUUAUAUCAGCACCUCUCAUGUGCUUACUUCCGUUUGCCAUGACUUAUUCAAUAUAUCAUUAUCCACAAAUCACAUGUGAAGUCGAUUGUCAAGGUUACUUGUUAUUAAUAGCUAUUAAAACACUUUUACUUAUUGUUGCUUUGUGGGCUCUCUAUUGGCGACGUGCUGCCGCAGAUUUGCCAAGAUUAUACUUUGCUCGAGCUGCUCUAAGCUUCUUUGUGUUAUUCAUACUUUUCGCAUUCUGGUUGUUUUAUACUGUGCGAAUAUUUUUGGAAAAGCAUAGUAAUUAUACUUACGUGGUGACCUACGCACUUUCCUUACUUGAUGCUUUGUUGUAUACACACUAUAUCUCAGUAAUAGUGCUGGAAUUACGGCGGUUACGUCCAGAGUACAUUGUUACUAUGGUUCGCGAUCCUGAUGGCGAGUCAAAAACCAUGUCCAUAGGCAUGAUGUCUCUGCAAGAAGCUGCUAUCCAAGUUUUACGUUUCCAUGAAUCGUAUUUCCCAUCUUAUAACGUUUUCCUUGACAAGGCCCGUCAAUCAAGCCAUCGAUUGAGAAAUUCGUCUCAGCCACCUGGAUUCAAAGUCUAUGACAUUGAGGGGUUGGGAAGCGGAACGACAGAGAUUAGCCAGAGCAAUCUCCGUGCACUCAUGGAAGCAACAUCCAGACGACGCAGCACAAACCACAACGAUAUUCUACAAGAAGAGUGCGAAUGGGAGAGGAGAAUUAAGAAAAGGAAAUAUCGAUUGAUCGCGUCGACUGAGGAGGCGUUCGCACAAGUACAAAGCAUCGUCGACAACCAAGCAGGGAAUAAGAAUCUCUGCGAUGCUAUGGACUCGACAACUGCAGCUCAAGGAGUGUUUGCGUGUAUUAUGCGGCCUUUGAACAAGUAUCUCAGACAAACAAGGCAACAACCUCGUCAUCCUGCUGAAGCAGUUACUCAUCAUAUAGAGAGAUGUCUUAGUAUGCGGUUAAACUACAGGACAUUCUUGCAGCGAUUCUUCAGUGAUAGGUUCCCUGCGAAGGAUAUCGUGUCCGAGUCGAAAUGGUCUAUCAUUUCGGAUGAACAAGCUUCGGCAUCGAUUCAGCAUGGAACGACGUUUUUGCUUCGUUCGCACAAUAAGGACGACGAUGCAGGUGUGCAAUUGUUGUGCACUAUAAGUUCACUACCCUUCUUCAACCUCACCGAACAGUCACGAUCCUCAAACAAUAAGUUUGCUUUAAAAAUAAGAAAUGAAUCCUCUGUCUAA